CUUGAUAUUAUUACAAUCCACGGCGACUACGGAAUCCACGUCCUUGUCAAGAUUAACAUGUUCUUCCCUGUCACCUCUGCGCUUCUUGCGCUCCCACUCAUACCUUUGGCUGCGGCUCUCCGGGUCCCCGGAGCAGUCCACAUACCAGUUGCAAGAAAUGGCCAGCGCCCUGAACUUCAACAGAUGAUCCGGAAGAGAGCAAGCAGCAAAUUUGCCUCGAUCGACCUCACGAACUUACAAGAGGCAUACACGAUCAACAUUUCUAUCGGAGGACAGUCUACCUCGGUGGUGUUGGACACAGGCUCGUCCGAGCUCUGGGUCGAUCCGGACUGCAGCACCGCAUCUCGUGAAGCAGAUUCCGAUGCCACCUCUCCACAGUACUGCGAGUCCAUACCUCGAUAUGAUCCAGCCUCAUCCUCCACAUCUGAGGCCCUGAACGAAGGCACUACUUUCAGCUACGCCGACACAACGACGAUCGAAUUGAAUUACUAUACCGAUACCAUAGACAUUGGAGGUCUGACAAUAUCAAAACAGCAAUUCGGGGUUGCGAACGUUACCAAUGCAACAGCUCUGGGGAUUAUGGGCAUGGGCCCAAGCUCCGCAUACGGGUACAACUCGUCACAGCAGCCGUACAGCUUCAUCUUGGACUCUCUUGCUUCCCAGGGCCAGAUCGCCAGCCGCGCGUUCAGCCUCGAUUUAAGAGACUACGACAAUACGACUGGCGCCAUCAUUUUUGGAGGCCUAGAUGAAAAGAAAUUCUCUGGUUCACUGCAGACUUUGCCUCUCGAGACGGUGCAGAUGACGUCUCCUUACUAUGUCACGGUCCAAUCUGUGGGCAUCACGAAACCAGACACCACAACUUCAAGCCAAUACAGCCAAGCAAGCUUUCUGGCGGUGCUCGACAGCGGGACCAGCGACAUACUCACUCCUCAGGGCCUCUCAUUACAGAUUUGUAACGACGUCAACGGCACGGAGAUCGCAUCGGGCGAGACCAGUUUCUGUCUGGUCGACUGCAGCAUCAAGGAACAGACCGGUGGCCUGGAUGUUAGUUUCGACGGCAAGACCAUUCAGGUGACAUAUGAGAACAUGCUAACUGACGUAACCGAGAAUGGAUUUCAAUAUUGCUUUCUCGCAGUCACUGACACAAGUGUCGAUACUGAUCCGCCUACCUACAUCCUCGGGGCUCCAUUCCUCAGGGCGGCAUAUGCGGUUUUUGACUGGGAUAACCAGCAGGUUCACCUAGCACAGUCUGCUGAUUGUGGAUCAAAUGUCGUGGCAAUUGGAAGCGGUAGCAAGGCCGUCCCAACUGCUGGCGGCUGCAAAGAAUCGUCUGCAGCACGUGUUGUUGUUGUUUCUUUGUACACUUCGUGGUCUGGAUGGAUUUUGCUAUUCGGCAGUCUUGUGGCUAUUUGUGGCUGGAUGUAG